GUGGUGGCUUCUUGUUUUUAUGCAAAAUCCUCUUCUCAAGCCUCCCAUCAAAUAAACCAUUCUCACUUGCCAGUCACACCCCAAUACAUCUUUUUGGAGAGAGAAAGAGAGAGAAGAGGAGAGAUGGCCACCAUCACUGCAAGCUCUGCAACCUCCAUGGUCUCAUGCAGAGGUCUCUCUCAGAAGAGACCUCUUGGGGCCUCAUCCUCCCCUGUUCUUGGAUUGCCUGCAAUUGCAAUGAAGGGAAGAGUCAGGUGCUCCGCGGAGGGGAAGCCCUUGGAGCCUGAGAAAGCCUCGGGCAUGGGCAUGAGCGCGGCGCUGGCCACGGCCCUGUGCGCGGCAACCAUGUCGAGCCCAGCCAUGGCUCUGGUGGACGAGAGGAUGAGCACCGAAGGGACGGGGCUCCCGUUCGGGUUGAGCAACAACCUGCUCGGAUGGAUCCUGUUUGGCAUAUUUGGGCUCAUCUGGGUUUUCUACAUCAUCUACGCCUCGAGCCUUGAAGAGGAUGAAGAAUCAGGAUUGUCUCUCUGAGCUUCACUGGGAAGGAACACUCAGGGCAAUGUAGAAUCCAGAGAUUGUUCACUCAAAUGUGCCUAUAGCAUGAACUACCUUUGGCUUGUGAAAUUUUAUGUGUAUUUGUAUCAUUAACAGUUCGCCGCCUUUCGUUAAUAUUCUUCUCUUUCAAAUCUCAUUUUACUCUAUAUUACAA